AACGUUCACAUGUGUCAGCGACCAGCGUAUUCAGCAGAAUCCGGCCACCGUAUAAUUAUUAACGAUUAUUAAUAUUUUUAUUUUUGUAAUAACAGUCUAUUAAAGUUGUAUUAAAUAUUUGACUAAUCAUUAAUUUAGCUAUAAAAUCUAUAGUAAUCAUGAUUUUUUCCGUAGUUAAGCAGGCUUUAUUUCCUGAUAUAAAAACAAUUAGUUCAUUAAAUUUAAUACGAAGUGUGUCUACUGCAUUAUUGUGUCAGAAUGUUAACAAACUACAAACAUCACAUAUAUAUUCGAUAUUUUCAUUCAGAGAAAAAAAAUUAUUUUGUGAAUCAAAACAUUACUUUUGUCAAAAUGCAUGUUUCAAUAAUGCAAAUAAAAGUGGUAUUUUGGGGAUUCAAUUAAAAAAGAGACCAGUUCGAAAAUCAAAAACAUUAAUACUUGAUGAUGCGGAUAUUUCACAAUCUGGAUUUUGGAAUGUCAAAGGUCUGGCCACUGCUGAAGAAUAUAACUUAGAAAGUCUUGCUGAAGAUCUCUUCAAGCAAAAUUUAUAUGUCACAAAAAAAAUCAACACCUCUGGAAAAUCUUUUCCUGAUGUAAUUCAUGCUGUUCCAAAGUAUGAAAUUGAUCAAAAAGGAAAAGACAUAUUUUUCUUUCGAGAAGGCACGGUAGUCAUGUGGAAUAUUCCAGAACUUGAAAGUGGGAAUGUACUUAAGCUCCUAAGAUGUCACGAGGAAAGCAGCUAUUCUAGAUCUAUGGUCCAAUCUGAAUGUGAAGUCAUGCCCUACACUUUAACUGAGAAGCGAAGCCAUCUUAAAGAAGGUCAUAUUCAUCUUUCUAUAGAUUCAAAUUUGGAUAAAUACACAUUUUCCAAUGCAAUAUCGCAGUCUGUUAAACUCGGAAUUUGGGAAGCAUCAUUAGAACACUACAUUGAUUCAAUCGAAUUUGUCACCGAUGAUCUUAAAGAUGGUCGAAAAAUUAAAAUGACUAGGGAAGAGGUGUUAAGAAAACAGGGACAGCUUUUUGCUUUGAGACAUUUUAUUAAUCUCAGCUCAGAUUUGCUAGAUACACCAGACUUUUACUGGGAAAACGAUGAACUCGAAAGUCUUUAUCAACAAACCUGCAGUUAUUUCAGCAUCACCAAACGAACAAGAAUUAUGAACGAGAAAAUAAAUCAUUGUGUGGAACUAGUUGAAUUACUUUCAUCUCAUCUAAGUGAUCGUCAUCAUGUUCGCUUGGAAUGGAUGAUUAUUGUUCUAAUUAUGGUUGAAGUUGGUUUUGAGAUAAUUCAUUAUCUGGAUAGAUAUCUAGAUAAAAAAGAGAAUAGUAGUACUACAUUCUCUGAUGGCAUUGAAAUGUAAAUUAAAAAAAUCAAUUUUCCUACAACACAAAAAAUUUAUUUAUUAUUAUUAAGUAUUUAUAAACUAAAUUAUUUUCUUAUAAUUACGAUUUUUUUGAACUGCAUAGUAAAUAUUACAGAUUUAUUGAAAUGUUCAUUCAACCAGUCUGUACACUAGUUAAUCACUUAACUACAAUCCGAGCGAAAAAAAUCUGUCUUCCAAGUCCUAAAACGCGCUUUAUUGAUCUUCCAAAGUCUUCCAAUUAAAAUCGCGAUUUUUUUUUGACCAUUUUCAACGCUUCCGUAGUUUUCUCAAGCUGGAUUUGGAAGAUUCAGAAGCCUUCAGGAUUUCCGAAAUUUUUUCUUAACCCAGGGGGUUCAUUGUUAGCUCUGACCUUGAAUAAAAAUAAAAAUAAAUUUACACCGAGAUUUUGUAAAAUAUAAGUUGUUACAAAUAUAUAUUUAUAAUGUACAAAUAAUUUACUAUUAAAUACAAGCAUAAAUUCGUUGGUUCCUUAUAAAUUGUCGCCUACCUGCAACGUGUAAUUUUAAUUAAUUAAUUAUAAUUAAUGAGGGUGGGUACAAAAAAUUAUGAAUACAUCACAUUGAAGUAUCAAUCGAGUGCAAUCAUUGUUUUUUUUGGCUACAACCGACUUUGAAACGUCAUUUUGAUAAAACAACUAUGGAAAAGACGAAGUUUUGAUAUCUAGAAUAAUUUUCGAGAUUUCGAAUUUUUUUUUUUCUUUGUCAAUUUUUUAGAAAUAACUAGAUGAUGAAAAAAUAAAGAUUAAUUCUAAUAGUUUCUUUCUCGAGAAAUAUUAAGGUACAUUCUCAGCUAGAUUUUGUGGGCGUGUCCUAAAUAAAAUCCUAUGCUUUUAACAUUGGAGAUUUUGUCCUACCAACCCCAAAAAACCAAAAGUUUGAA